GGGGGAGACGCGGUCGGAGUGGGAGGGAGAGUCGGCACCCGAGAGGUGGAAGAGGACAGGCUUUAGGCUGGAAGAGCCUUAGAGGAGCCGUAUUCCAGGUGCACAGGACCUUUCUUUACAGUUUACAAAGCUUUAGAGACACCUCUAACGGAGUGGCCGACACUGAGCACUGACAGCGCUAGGCACUGCCCCUACGAGUUUACAGGAAAGCAAGGAAAACACCUGUGUUACAGGAUGACUGGUUUGGUUUUGUGUGAACCAAUAGAGCUGUACAACAUCUUGAAUCAAGUCACAAAACUCUCCAGAUUGACUGAACCCAAUUAUCUCUGUUUAUUGGAUGUGCGUUCCAAGCGGGAAUAUGAUGAAAGCCAUGUGAUUACAGCCCGUAGAGUGAAGAAGAAGGCAAAUGAAUACCUUAUCCCGGAGUCUGUGGAUCUGGAGUGUGUGAGAUACUGCGUGGUGUACGAUGACAGCACCAGCAUGCUGGAGAUGGCCCUGAAACACAGUGAUGAUGACAGCUCUGAUGGCAGCACAGACAUAACAGCACUUGGAGCUGCCAUUGAGUGUGGCAGAGCCCUGACCCUCCUCACCCGCCACCCCGUUCGCAUCCUGAAAGGGGGCUACCAGCGCUUCUCGGCCAUGUACCACUUCUUCCGGACACAGAAGAUCAUCUGGAUGCCACAGGAACUGGAUGCAUUUCAGCCAUACCCUGUUGAAAUAAUACCAGGCAAGAUCUACCUAGGCAAUUUCAGGCAAGCCUGUGACCCUCAAAUUCAGAAGGAUUUGAAAAUCAAAGCACAUGUUAACAUCUCCAUGGAGGCAGGACCAUUUUUCAAAGGUGAUGCUGACAAGCUUCUGCACAUCAAGAUAGAAGAUUCUCCAGAAGCCAACAUUUCCCCCUUUUUACGCCACCUCUGUCACUUCAUUGAAAUUCACCUUGAGCUUGACUCUGUCAUCCUAGUCUUUUCCACCAUGGGCAUCAGUCGCAGCUGUGCGGCCAUCUUGGCUUACCUCGUGCACCAGAAUGAGCAGACCUUGAAGAGGUCCUGGGCCUACCUCAAGAAGUGCAAAAACAACAUGUGUCCAAAUCGGGGCUUGGUGGCCCAGCUGUCACAGUGGGAGAAGAUCGUCCUUGGAGACUGCAUCACGGACAUCAUGGAUCUAGUCUACUGAUCUUCCCUGUGGUCCACCUAUGGGUCCUGAAGAACCUUACUUGGGGGUUUCUUGGGGGUAGUGUGACAGGAUGUGUAACUAGGUUGGUGUGCAAAGAAGAGGCCUUCGCUGCCCCAAUGUCAUGCCAGCCUUCUGCAGUGGUUCUUCCCAGGCUCCUGGUUCAUGCCACAUAGCAGAGGCUCAGUGAGAACCCUCAUCCCCUGGGGCAUCCUGGGCCACCCCUGCUGCACUCCUGAGGCUGCUUCUGGAGGAGCAUCUGCUUGUCAGAACACCUGCCCCUCAGCCUCCCAGAACGUGGACUCCUUGGUGGGUGCUGGAGAGGACCCUCAGGCAUUCCUCCUUGCCUUGUGCUGGCUUACAGAGGGUGUCACAGUGCCCACACUGGGUGGAGAGCCUCCAGUCCCAGGGGUGCCAGGCCCAGCCUUGACCCAGGCCCUGGGCUCCCCAGCUCUGAGAGGCUCCUGGCAUAGGGGCACACCCUUGCCUCAGCCCCAGUGCCAGCAUUUCCCACCACUCCACUGGUGAUCACUUGUUCAGAUUUCCUUUCCUUGCUCCCACUGAUUUCAUAGAGAUUCCCACCCUUCCCAUCAUCCACACCCAGGUUUCUAGAAAUUCCUCAGGUCUUGGAGUUUUCUUCAUAGUGCACUUCCAAGAGCUGGCAGCACCCACUGAACAAGCCUGCCGUCAGGAGAGAGCACAGACAACUACUGGCAAGUGCUUUAGGAUGUCCGUCCAUGUUCAUGCAGCAGACAUUCCCUGCCACCUGGGUGGGACUGGGGAUAUAGAAAUGAAUGCCACCUCCCCUCUUGGCACUCUUUUCAGAUUGGUGGACGAGCCCCCCACAACAGAAUCCCAAGCCCUCAAGGAGUGGUAUUUUGCCAGAGGGGCAAUGACUUUUCAGGCAGCGUGGGCUUUAGUGAGGAUCUGAGCUGGGGAAGAGCCAGGGAUGGAUGCAGAGUAAUGGCUCUGUCAGGGCAGAGCCUUGGUAGGGAUUAGCCUUGUGUAUGAGGAAGGGCAAUCUGGUGGUUGUGUGAAGGGACGGUGGCGGUGAGCCUGGAGGCAGGAAGAC